AUGUCGGUUCACGCGGGAGAGUACUGGCCCGACCGCGGCCUCUCGCAGCAGUAUUUCAGUCUCGGAGAUUUUAACUACAACCCAGGAAGUGAUCCCAGCGCGCUGCUGUCCCCGGGGCCCGAGGCGGCAGCGCCCGCCCUGGCACCCCCCGCGGGCGUGCCGCCCCACCCGACCCGCGAGCUCCUGCCGCCGUGCGUGGACGGCGGCAGCGACGGCUAUCACAGCUCGACGCCCGACGACCUCGCCUCCGAGUGCUCUCCGGGCGCGGAGCUGCAGGCGGCGGCGGCGGGCGAGCGGGGCGCCAAGGACCUGGUGUCGGAGGCCUACCCGAACCUGGAGUACUACCAGGCAGCCUACCCCGCCACCACGGACCUGAGCGCCCUCACGCCCUCCUACUCGUACGCCGCCGCCAGCAGCGCGCCCGCCGCCGGCUGGGGCGCCGCGCAGUUCAGUCCGGGCGAGGUCGAGGGGCGCCACCAGGAGCACUUCAUCCCGCCGGAGACGCCGCCGUCGCUCGUCACGCACUACAAGCCCCUGCGAAUCCGGCGGCGGCCGCCCAAGGUGGUCGGCAACGAGGUCCUGCGCAAGCGGCGGCUGGCGGCCAACGCGCGCGAGCGCCGCCGCAUGAACGGCCUCAACGACGCCUUCGAGAAGCUUCGCGAGGUCGUCCCCACCCUCGGCAACGACAGGAAGCUGUCCAAGUUCGAGACGCUGCAGAUGGCGCAGACGUACAUCACCGCCCUGGCGGAGCUGAUCCGUAGGGCGGACGCCGAGGUGGCCACGUCGUCCGCAUGA